UCCUUUCUCUGCCCCUUCUUCUUCUUUUUCAUUUUUCUCUUCUGGGUACCUCUUCCUCUUGUCAUGUGUUGUUUUUACCUCAGCUACACAUUUUGCAUCAACUACUCAUGACAUCCCAAAAAUCUUCAUGUUUUGAUUUUUAAAACCUUGGUCCUUCUUAUUUAAUAUAAACUAUGAUCUCAUAAUUCUUUUGAAGUCUCAUUCAGAUCUCUCUCUGAAUAUAUAAAACAUUAUCUAUGUGGUUACGUUUCCGGUCUUUAUCUCUGGUUGACCCUGUUGAUUUCGAAUUUUGGAUUGGUUGUGUUAGAUUUGGGUGCUGCUGCGGCUGAUACAAUUGAUCCACUAAUGAGAUUCCACCUUGCAUUGUUUCUCUUGUUGGCUUCUUUUCAAGCCACUUUAAGUCAAGAUAUUGAACAUGGUUCACUUCUAGUAGAUGGAGCUCAGGCUAAAGCUCAAACAGGUGAUAACUUCAUUUGUGCCACUAUUGAUUGGUGGCCACAUGAUAAGUGUGACUACAACCAUUGCCCCUGGGGAUAUUCUUCUGUUGUAAAUUUGGACUUGUCUCAUCCUUUUCUUGCCAAGGCAAUCCAAGCCCUCAAGCCAUUGAGGAUAAGACUGGGUGGUUCUUUGCAAGACCAGGUGGUGUAUGAUGUAGGAAGUUUGAAGUCUCCUUGUCAUCCCUUUCAAAAGGUUAAAGGUGGAUUGUUUGGAUUUUCAAAGGGAUGUUUACACAUGAAAAGGUGGGAUGAGCUGAAUCAGUUUUUCAAUGAGACAGGGGCCAUUGUGACAUUUGGCUUGAAUGUACUCCAUGGGAAGCACCAAAUUACUCAUAAUGUUUGGGAAGGAGCUUGGGAUCAUACAAAUACUUAUGAUUUUAUCAAGUACACUAUUUCAAAGGGAUACAAGAUUGAUUCAUGGGAACUUGGUAACGAGUUGAGUGGUAAGGGCAUUGGUGCAAGUGUUGGUGUUGCACAGUAUGGGAGAGAUUUGAUAAAGCUUAAACAAAUUCUAGAUAUGUUAUACGAUAACAUCAAGUUCAAGCCUUCACUUGUAGCACCAGGGGGAUUUUAUGACAAACAGUGGUAUGACAAGCUUCUUCAGGUUUCGGGUUCAGGCAUAAUCAAUGUUCUGACUCAUCAUUUAUAUAAUUUGGGCCCAGAGAUACGUCUUAGCCUCCCAUCUCCCCGAUUAUCUACAAAGCUACCAAAAGAUAUUUACACUAGCAGUGACGAGCAUCUUGAAAGGAAGAUUCUAGAUCCUGAGCGCUUGAACAAGGUGAAAUCAAUUUUCAGCAAUCUUUCAGAGACCAUUCAAAAAUAUGGUCCUUGGUCUUCUGCAUGGGUAGGAGAAGCUGGUGGGGCAUACAACAGUGGUGGCAAUCAUGUUUCUAACACAUUUCUGAACAGCUUUUGGUACUUGGAUCAACUUGGAAUGGCAUCCACCUAUAGCACUAAAGUAUAUUGCAGGCAGACUUUAAUUGGAGGGAACUAUGGCCUUCUCAACACCACCACCUUCACUCCUAAUCCUGAUUAUUACAGUGCACUAUUGUGGCAUCGGUUAAUGGGAAAGAAGGUUCUUGCAGUUUCAAGUGACAUUUCUUCACCCUUUUUACGCACUUAUGCCCAUUGUUCAAAAGACCGAGCUGGUGUGACAUUACUUCUGAUCAACUUAAGUAAUCAGACUCAUUUCAUACUCGGUGUUCGAAACCCUGUGACUGCAAGUGUUGAAAAUGAAGUGGUAACAAGCAUCCAUAAAGAAAGUUCAUUCUUUGAUAAACUCAAGAAAGCAUUUUCUUGGGUUGGAACAAAAGGGUCAGAAGUGACAUUCAGGGAAGAGUACCACUUAACUCCAAAAGAUGGUUACCUCAGAAGCCAAACCAUUGUGCUGAAUGGUAUUCCACUGGAGUUAACAAACUCUGGAGAUAUUCCAAGGUUGGAUCCAGUACAAAACAAUGUGCAAUCUCCAAUAUACAUGGCUCCUUUGUCCAUUGCAUUUAUUGUAUACCCCAACUUUGAUGCCCCAGCUUGUGCUAGACUGCGAAAACUUUAGUUUAAUGUUUCUAAUAUUAUAGUAAGUAACUAGGUACUAGGACUAAUGCAAUUGCAAGCUCAUGGUAAUUGUAAGUAGUGAGCUAUUAUUGUAAUUUAAUAUUGAAGACACAUGCAAUUUGUAUCAUCUAAUUGUGAGUAAAUUGUUUGAUCAAAAUUAGUUUCAAGUUCAAUGAUAAA